AGCAGCAGAGAUAAUAACACACACACACGCACAACCUGACAGCAUCUUCUUCUCACACCACACACACAGAAAAAGUGGUAUUCAGAGUAUCUUUCCUAAAUCUCACCAGAUUUGUAACACAUUUUCCUCUCUAACACACACACUGAGCAGCAGAAGCAGAAGCAGCAGCAUGUUUCGGUGGAGUCUCCCCCAGGCAGCGUGCAUCCUGUCGCUGUGCGUGUGUCUGCUUCUGGCAUACGAGGAUAAUAUCGAGGUCAACUAUGAGGACAACUACUUCAAUGCAAUCCCAGUGGAAGACACAGCAGAACCCACAUCGAUCACUCCGCCCUGCAGCUCGUCAGACCUGACCAAGUGGGACAAAAUCUUCUCCAUGCUGGAGAACAGCCAGAUGAGGGAGAACAUGCUUCUUCAGUAUGCUGAUGAUAUUAUCAAGGUGGAGAUGGGGUCACUGCGUGGGGAGAUGCACAAAUUUGUUGCCCAGUAUGGAGGUUCCUGUGGAGUCGCAGUGGAGACAGCAGGAAUGAAGAUGGCUUCGCAACUUGAGGCUCGCCUCAAAGAAACCUUUGAGCGCCUCAAAAUUGGAGACCAGACCUCUGCUGCCGCUGCUGCUGCUGCUGGGAAUUCUGUUGGGAAUUCCAACAACUUGGAGUCGAUGCUGCAUCAGCUGCUUUCCGCAGCAAGAGCACAAGCUUCCCGACUCACCAAGCUGGAGACCAGCUGCGUCAGCAGUCCUGGAGCCGGCAUGGGGAGGAAUACAAAGACAGGGUUCCAGCUUGCAGAGAAUGGAGGCGCUGGCCACCCAGAGCAGGAGGUCACACCAGAAGGGAAGCCUCUAGAUGGGGUGCUGGCUGCACUGCAACAGACAAGGGGGGAGCUGGAGGAGGUGCUGGGGUCAUUGAGGCAAAGAUAUCUACCCGCAGGCUGUGAGAUGGGUCUCCUCUUCCCAAUGCGCUCCCAUCGAAUCUACACCUCCGUCAUAUCAGAUAUCCCUCUCGCCAUCUCUGCAUUCACCAUCUGCAUGUGGUUGAAGCCAACGACGAUCGCCAACAAAACGGUGCUGUUCUCCUACGGCAACCGCCGCAACCCGUAUGAGAUCCAGCUGCUACUUGGCCAAACUUCUGCGCGCCUCACGGUCAGAGGAGAGUCUCACCUGGUAGAAGCACGAGGUGUGGUGAAACCAGGAGAGUGGAUCCACUUGUGUGGGGCUUGGUCAUCUGAUCAGGGUCUUGCAACCCUGUGGGCAGGUGGGAAAAAAGUUGCCUAUACACCUGGAGUGGCUGAGGGACACGUUUUACCAGACGGGGGUUCACUCCAGCUGGGCCAGGAGAGGAAUGGCUGCUGCUCUCCAUCUUCAAGCAGCGGGGGAGGCAUGGCAGGGUUUGAAGGAGGCUUCAACGCCAAGCUGGCAUUUGCUGGGAAGAUGACAGGAGUCAAUAUGUGGGACAGGGUGCUGUCAGAGGAGGAGAUUACCCAGCUGGCUUUGCAGAAUGGCCAAAGCUGUGAGCAGAGAGGAAACAUAGUGGCAUGGGGCAUGACGGAGAUGGUGCCACACGGAGGCGCUCAGUUUAUCUACUAGCAGACUCUUUGAGACUUUAUUAUCACUGGUAUCGUCCUUUUCAUCAUCACCAACAUCAAUGUUUUCAGAGUAACUUACAACUGUAUCAUCUCUAUUUCUGUCUCCAUAGCUACAAUUUGAAAUUAUUAUAUUGUGAUUUAUUCUUCUCCAUUGCUCCUCAGUGCUAAGAAUAUGAACACUUGUGCUGCGAGGAACUCUACUGGAUAUGGUCAAAUGAGAGGAAGCCAAUGCUGUGAGAGACUGAAGUGUAUUUUUUUAACCUAACCUUCUGAACUAAGGCUAUUUCCCUUUCUCGCACACACACACACUGCAUUCUUUGUCACACCUGUGCACACACAUGCUCACAUUGAGCUUCGAAAACGUGUAAUGUAGCAGAAAACUGCAUUUACCAACGGCUUAAUUUGAAGUGAAUGAGUUGUGAGCUGUAAACAGUGUAAUCACGAUGGAAAUGAGUGGUCACAAACACUUAGAAAUUGUCAUCUCAAACGUGUCGCAGGGUGUCAUUUAAGUAAUAAUGUGUUUGUUGUCUUUGUAUAUCCACAUUUUGUAUCAUGUGUUUCCCCUCUGCCUUUUACUGGAGGACAUUAAUGUCAUAAAAUAUUUAGUUUAUAGCUUUGCUAUCUUGUAGGUACAUUUAAGCUAAACAUUUGACUGAUUGAAAGGUUGAUUGAAAGCAGAGAAAUAUUACAAAUGCAUUAAUGAUGUGUAGUAAUGCAAUGUGUAGAGAUUUAUGUAAUAACUUUGGAAAUGAAAACUGCUGUAUUUGCUUUCUCUUCAAGCCUGGCCAAUAGUGACUUUAAACAAGCAUCCAAAUCAUCAUUAUUUUAUUAUUGUAAUAUUCUUUUGUGAAAGAGAUGAUAUCAUUUAAGACCUUACAUUUGCAGACGUGUGUACCAAUUAAAGUGUUUACAUUCAUAUUAGUUAUAUAAGUCCAGGGUUUUUUUUUUUCCAAUUCAUUUUAGGUUUAAAUAUAUAUGUCUCCUUUUUUGAUACUACCGAAAGUUAUUAUGUUAGUGGAGAUUGAGAGAGAGAGUGUUUUUUAAGGGUGAUAAAGAAACUGAGGACAAUGUUUACACAAUUUAAUCUUUUAUGAACUAAGUUGCAUUGUAUUAUAAUUGUAAAUUGCUUUUGUUUUUCUUAUGAAAGGGUCAAACUGAAUGUAUUUUGUACAUAAAUAUAUUUUACGUAACAUGAGAGGAUGAAUGGAGAGUGAGUUAUGAAUAAACAUUUCAGUCUAUUGUUAA